UUUGUAUCCACCCCCUUAAAAUCAUCUUCCAUUAUAUAUUCCAACUACACACUGAUCUUGCCCUACCACACAAGCUAGAUACAACAAUGGCUACAUCUCCUGAAUCUGAACAUCCAAUUAAAGCCUAUGGUUAUGCUGCUCGUGACACUACCGGGACACUUUCCCCUCUCACUUUCUCUAGAAGGGCAACUGGGGAGAAAGAUGUGAGGUUCAAAGUUUUGUAUUGUGGAAUUUGUCAUUCAGAUCUUCACUUUAUCAAAAAUGAAUGGGGUGUUACAACCUACCCUGUUAUCCCUGGACACGAGAUUGUGGGUGUGGUGACAGAAGUAGGCAGCAAAGUAGAAAAGUUCAAAAUUGGUGAUAAAGUUGGGGUUGGAUGUUUGGUGGGAUCAUGCAAAUCAUGCGCAAAUUGUGCUAUAGAUUAUGAACAGUAUUGUCCUAAGCAAAUUGGUACUUAUGGUUUCCCGGAUGUUGAUGGCACAAAGACAUAUGGUGGCUACUCUGAUCACAUGGUUACAAAUGAGGAUUUUGUACUUCGUUGGCCGGAGAAUUUGCCACUUGAUUCUGGUGCCCCAUUGCUAUGUGCUGGGAUUACAAACUAUAGUCCUCUUAGAUACUUUGGACUAGACAAGCCCGGUACGAAAUUGGGUGUGGUUGGUCUAGGUGGGCUUGGUCAUGUUGCUGUGAAGAUGGCCAAGGCUUUUGGUGCAGAAGUGACUGUUUUUAGUACCUCCCCUGCUAAGAAAGAAGAAGCGAUUAAAGGACUUAAAGCCGACCAUUUCAUCAACAGCAAAGAUCCAGAACAGAUGAAGGCUGCUACGGGCACACUUGAUGGGAUAAUCGAUACUGUCUCUGGAAAUCACCCCAUUGGGCCGUUGCUUAGUGCACUCACAUCUCAUGGAAAGCUUGUUCUUGUUGGUUUACCUGAGAAACCAAUUGAAAUAGGUGCAUUUUCUUUGGUUAUGGGGAGGAAGCUUAUUGUUGGUAGUAACAUUGGAGGGAUUAAAGAGACACAAGAGAUGCUUGAUUUUGCAGCAAAACAUGGCAUAACUGCUGAUAUAGAGAUAAUACCAAUAGACUACGUGAACACGGCCAUGGAGCGUCUGUUGAAAUCUGAUGUAAGGUACCGAUUUGUCAUUGAUGUCGCCAAUUCGAUCAAGACUGAAUAGUGUGGUUCUCUAUUGAUGAAUGCCCUCUUUCCUUUAUAUGUGUGACAAUGUGACAAUGUUGUAAUAAAGGAGUUAGGCUAUGCAUUUGUUUUUUUUCC